CCUAUAGGCUGGUACAGGGGCCAGUUGUGCCUGGUCCUGGAUGAAAGGACGCGUCUCAGAGGACUCUGAUGGCCGCAGGCCACGGGCAUGGAAAUGUUUCCUGGAAUCUGACCCCAGAGCUGGCCCCACUCCUUUCCUCUGACCCAUGUGCCCUGCUCAGAGGAGAGAUGGGUUCUUCACCCUAGAAAGCGAAGCGCAGUCUCUGUCCUCCAUUUUGGGAGCCUUAGUUCUCAGGUCCAAAUGGAAAACAGAGACUAAGUGGUGGGGUAUGCAGUCCGGGCCCCUGUCAAUAUAGCUGGGUCAGACCCUUUUACCCCUGCUCUCCCUAGCCUUGAGAGGGAGCUGGGGGAGAGCAGAUCUAGAAAAAUCAGAUUGGUCCCACAUCUUUUCAAGCUGUGGGGCAUGGGGUGGGGGGUGGUGGAGAGGAGAGUUCCUGGGCCUAUCUAUUUCCUAAGUUUGCUCUGAGGGAGAGAGACCUCCGUGCCAGUCUUGGGGAGAGCCCAGACGACCUGACCUGCUCACCAGCCUGGGCGCCUUACGUGAAAUCCAGGACCGUGUGAGACCAUAAGACCUUCAGAGGCCCUGUGUGUUGUGAAUGACCAUCGUGCCCCUCUACCAGAAAAGUGCCCUCACUCCUGUGAGGACAGCCGCAGUGCCUUCUUUGAAACGUCAAAUAUCUGGUCCUUCCACAGAAUUUGUUUUCCCAUCUCCGCAUCCUGCUCUACUGGUAGCACAAGAACGUACCAGGCUCCUGGCCAGAAGCUGGAGGGGGCUUGGCCAAUAAGAAGGAGAAACGACGGAGCUGUGCUUUCUACCUCCGAGAUAGAAAUGUCUGCAGACGGCAGAGCCGCCCAGGCUACCCAGGACAAGGAGAGAGCCCGAGAGGUUCCAGGUCAUGGGCAUCCUCGUCAAGAAAUGCUUUCUGAGUCAGAGGAGACGGUGCCUUUGGGAGCUGCUCAGGAGUCUCCCCACAUCAAGACGGAGCCGGAAGAGCCACAGCCUGAGGGGGCAUCGCAGGGGGCCGGGGCCCGAGGAGAGCAGGGCUGGGUGUCCCUAAGCCAGGGCUCUAAGGACAAAGCUCUUUUCCUGCCCGGAGGAGCCCUCCCCUCCCCCCAGAUCCCUGUGCUCUCUCGUGAGGGGAGGACCAGAGACCGGCAGAUGGCUGCGGCGCUCCUCACCGCCUGGUCCCAGAUGCCAGUGACCUUCGAGGACGUGGCCCUGUACCUCUCCCGGGAGGAGUGGGGGCGGCUGGACCACGCGCAGCAGAACUUCUACAGGGACGUCCUGCAGAAGAGGAACGGGCUGUCCUUGGGGUUUCCCUUCAGCAGACCUUUCUGGGCCUCCCAAGGACAGGGCAAGGGUGAGGCCUCGAGCUCCUGCCGGCAGAUGGGAGAUGAGGAGAAGACAGGAGCCAUUGAGGUGGGGAAGGAGGAGCCGGCCCCGUCCCCGGCAGCCCUCCGGGACUCGAAGUCCUUCCGAAGCAGGGUGGGGAGAGCGCAGGCGAACGGCCUGCCGCGCGGGCAGCAGGUGGCCAGCGGCCAGAGCUCAGGGGCAGCCAGAGACGAUGCGCAGCCGGGCCCCCCAGACGGGAGGCCGGCGAAACCGGCCCCGCCCGAUGCCAGCCUGGCGAAAGCCCCGGAGGGCCGCCUCCCAGAGAAACCCAGAGAGGGGCGGACGGCCACCCCCGAGGGCAGCGAGGAGGGCCUGGCCCCCGACGGGGACGCGGGCAAGAAGACGUACACGUGCGAGCAGUGCGGCAAGGGCUUCAGCUGGCACUCGCACCUGGUGACACACCGGCGCACGCACACGGGCGAGAAGCCCUACGCCUGCACGGACUGCGGCAAGCGCUUCGGCCGCAGCUCGCACCUCAUCCAGCACCAGAUCAUCCACACGGGCGAGAAGCCCUACACCUGCCCGUCCUGCUGGAAGAGCUUCAGCCACCACUCGACGCUCAUCCAGCACCAGCGCAUCCACACAGGCGAGAAGCCCUACGUGUGCGACCGCUGCGCCAAGCGCUUCACCCGCCGCUCGGACCUGGUCACCCACCAGGGCACCCACACGGGCGCCAAGCCCCACAAGUGCCCCAUCUGCGGCAAGUGCUUCACGCAGAGCUCGGCCCUGGUCACCCACCAGCGCACGCACACCGGGGUCAAGCCCUACCCGUGCCCCGAGUGCGGCAAGUGCUUCAGCCAGCGCUCCAACCUCAUCGCGCACAACCGCACGCACACGGGCGAGAAGCCCUACCACUGCCUCGACUGCGGCAAGAGCUUCAGCCACAGCUCGCACCUCACCGCCCACCAGCGCACCCACCGCGGCGUCCGGCCCUACUCCUGCCCGCUGUGUGGCAAGAGCUUCAGCCGCCGCUCCAACCUGCACCGGCACGAGAAGAUCCACACCACGGGGCCCAAGGCCCUGGCCGUGCUGAUGCUGGGGGCGGCGGGGGCCCUGGCGGCACCCCCGCCGGCUCCCACUUAGGAGGCGGGGUGGGGGGGUGGCCGUGGGGGAGACGCGGGGGCUGCGUGAGAGGGGGUGUGGGCAGGGAGAGGGAGGUGCUGGCAUGGGGGCGGGGCAUGACCGUGGGGAGGAGCUGGGGCGAGGCGCAGGCACGCUAGCUGCGAAUUAAAGGCCUUGGAGUUCCAGCCACCGCCUAUGCUCUGUCUCGUGGGGCCCCGGUGGUGACGCCGACUCCCGGGGUUCCCGGGUCAGCCACGUUGGCGCCAACGUGGCUGAGGCGUCCCUGAAAUCCUGGUUGUGGGGCUUGGGUACUCCCGUCCCCAGCCUUGACCUGGCUUGGGGCCAUUCCAAAGCAUCAGGACCCUAAGUCUACAAGCAAAGGCUUCUGGGCACAGAAACCUGAAGCCAACCAGCCACUUCUGAGACUGUGGGUCCCCCUGCCAGGGAGGUCUGCUCCUGCUGCCAUCACUCUUGUCCUGGGCACAUUGACUGCUGAGCCCUGGACCCUCCCCUGGCUCUUCUCUUUGGGAGCUGGAGCAGGGCUGAGCCAGCAUAGAAGCUCCUGUUCCUUGUCUGGUGCUCUGUCUCCUGUCUCAGGCACCGGAAGCCUUUUUGUGAUUGAACAUUUUCCAUCUGCUUCCACUGGGGCCCAGCCGCAAUCCAGUGAGGAUUCCUCCCUUAACAGGGACCACUGGCCCUCCUGGUGCCUUCAAAGGCUGCCGCCAGCUCCCUCUGCUACUUUUCACCUCCUUGGCCUCUUCGUACAUGUCUUUUAUAAUUUGCCCUAUCUGCCUCUGCCUGGGUCUUUUACUCUUGGCCUUCUGGUUUUUGACCUUUGUAGCUUCUGUUUCCCAUUCUUUAUUUUUCCCCCCCCUGGGGAGGAAUGGGCUCAGCCGCUUAUUAUCCAAGAUUUGCAGCUCGGCUCCCAAGAUAACAUUCACUUCUGUCAUCAACUGACCUUGAGGACAUCUGCUUGAGGGAGGCUGUUGAGGCUCCACCUGCUUCCAUGGAUCAAGCUCUAGGGGAGUUUGGACAGGAGACUGGACUGAGAAUAGUAAACGCUGCCAGUUAAGCGGCUGCCUGCCAGGUGUGAGACCAAGUGCCGUGUAUGUAUGUCGCUUCUACGCUCCAUAACUCUGAGCAGUGGAUUCCAUCCCAGUUCUGUAGAUGAGGAAACUGAGGCUGAGAGAGAAAUCCAGUAACUUAGCCAACAACCAGUGAGCUGGGAGCUGGGGUUCAGGUCCAGGAAUUUUGUUGUGUAAAGAAUACUCCUCUUUCCAUGCACCCUGACAACUACUGACUGUCUAAUGCAUGUUACCAGGUAGGGCUGUCUAAAAAGAGUAAGACAGACUGUAAACUUGACCUUCAGGGGUGCUGAACCCAGCUGGAGAUGGCAAGUGGGGUGGGAGGUGGGUAAUCAGCGGCAUGCCAGAAAGCUGCUGACUAGCGGAGGCCCAGGCAGAACUUGGUUGUGUCUGGGAGGUCUCCGUGGGAUCUAGGGUUGGGUUGCUACGGGACUGGUUGAGUUAGAUGGCUCUUUCUUGAAAAGGGGACAAGGAAAGCUGUUUCUCCGUUCAGCUUGUCUUCAGGGAUCUGGUCACUCAGAAAUGGGAUUUCUCAGCUUGGCUCAGUGUAAGGGGCAAGGGGGACUUGUACCCAUAAAGCAGACUUGCUGCUCCCAGGAACGAGUUUUCUGAUGAAAGACAGAGAGGCAGGAAAGACACUUACUACAACGCUAUUGAGAGUGUGGGUCACUUGGUGCAAGCUUAGCACAGUGGUUAUUUAUUUGCUUCCAGGGGCUUCAUGACCAGUGUGCCAGGACUUGAAACACUCAGAUCUGUUGAGUGAGCCAGAGGCUCAUUUAAAGACUUCACUCUGGCCUCUGAGGGACUCCGACGCCACGCUCUCCAGGAGAAACUGUUUCCCCUUUUCAUAGCACCAUGUGGAGGGUCAUGAUACCAAGGGCUCCGUGGGUCUCAGUCCACUUCUCCCUAGAGACCCAUCCAGAGGUCCACCAUUCUGGGACAAAGCUGUCGGGAACAUUUUAAGAGUGGAACUUGGCAAUUUAGAUAUUUGACAAGAGCAACUAAGAUGGCAGAGGCAGGUGAGGUAUCUUGGAAGGGCCUAGAAUGUCAGGCCGAAGGGUGUUCGUGAUUUGGUGGGGGAGAGGCAGCUGGCCAGGCGGGGGGACGCCAGGGAAGGGCCUUCGUGUCUCUGGGUAUCCGCUCGGAUGUGGCCUGUUUCCUUCUGGCUUCUGCUCACCCCUGACCGCCCAGCUGCUCGGUUCGGCUCGGGAGAGCCCCACCUGGGUGCUCACCGUUUACCUGCGCCUGCGCGGUCAAAAGAAGGGCGAGGGCGGAGGCGGGAAAUAUUCCGUGUGGGCUCCCCACCCUCUUCCUGUGCGGCCCGAAGGCAAGGCCCAGUCCGGUCGAAGGGGCUCAGGGCCCAGCUCGGUCUGGGGGCAUUUCUUCCCUUGCUGGGGUGACUCCGCGGGGUAGGGAGGCGGGACGCGUGCGAAGGUCUCGUAAGCGGGACAAGCUCACUGGGCGCCCUCACAGCAAGGAGGAUGGGUUCCGGAAUGUCCCGCCCCCACCCUUGCCCUUAGCCAAUCAGACGUCUGGACGGGGCAAGAGGCGGGCACCGGUGGACCCGGCCAAUCACGGCCCUUCCACUCCCCGGGCCGCAAGAUUGCCAGGUAAUGGCCGGAAAUCUCCGCUUUGACAAUUUCCCUUUUUUUCUCUGCCACGCGUCGGGCUCAGAAGGGUCCAACGACCGGGUGCUAGAUUACCGGCUUCGCCAACCCGCGAGACUUCACAGCCGGCCUGGGCUUACCGAGAUGCAAAGCCUCCUGCGGUCCUAGACUGGACGUGGGCAGAGGGCUAAGGGCCUGGGCCAGAGCCACUUCCGGCUUGGCGCCCUCAGUCCUCUCGUCUCGUUGCUGGCUGGAGACUCCGGGACCCCGAACCCAGCAGGCACCUACGACCCCUGCACUGGAGCUCGGUGGCCGCCUGCGGUCCUCCCGCCGGCCGGCGCUCUAGCACCUUCCAAGCCUUGGAGCAGGGCCUGACGGUGCUGCCAGGGAGAGCCGGGCGCGGGGGCGGGAACGGCCUGGAAGGAGAGCUCAGUCCUCUUCCGGGGGGAGCCGGGGAGACUGAGGUGACUAGUGCGAGGGGUGUGGGGGUGGCUCUGGGUGCUGUGUGGAGGGAGGUAAAGGGCGGGGAAACGUUAAAUAGGGGCUUUGCUGCAUUCACUCAUUCAUUUUUCAGAUACGGAAUGAACGCGAGUGUUCCACGUUCUUUGCUAAACGUUGAGGCAUAAGCGGUGAAAAGGCCAGAAAAGAUCUUUGCCCUCUCGGGGUUCCGGUCUAGUGAGGGAGACCGACAUGCAGAUAAGUGACACAAACAUUAAUUUCAAGUAGUGACAAAUAUCAGAAAGAAAGGAACGGGUGAAACAAUAUUAGGAACGGAUUGUCAGAAAGGGCCUCUUCAAGGAGGGAAGUUUUAAACUGAGACUUGGAAAAGACGAGAAGCCAUUUUACUAGGAUUUGGGGGCAGAACUUCAUGCACAGGAAACAGAAUGAAUAAAGGCCCGGCCACCAGGAAGAGACUGAAAUGACACCUCUCUUGGGAGGGAAGGUAGGAGAUGACUGCAGGAGGGGAGGCUAGAAGGUGACAGUGCCCAGGACUGUGGUCUGAAGUUUCUCCUUGGCGUGUGGCAGAGGGUGGAGAAAGGAGGUUAUGAGGAUCGUUCACCCUUCCUCCUCUGGCCGUCCUGUGGCAUGUGGUCAGACACGAUCCCUUGCCUGGGUUGUAAAGACAGCACUCUGUGGCCUGCACCUCUGUCACCUCCUAGAGCACCUGUUUUUCUCUUCUCAACUAACAAAGUUAUGGACUAGUCAUGAAGAUUAGUACUACAGUCCCCACAGGCCACUGACCAGAACAAGUUUGGCUCAAAUCUUAAGGAGAAAAUGGAAAAAAGGCCUGGAGGGCCUAAAUCCUGCACCCUCUUAAGUACCCCACCCUCCUGUGGGCAUGCCCAGGUGACAGGUUCCUGGCGAUGCUGAACUCCCUGGGACUAAACCACUCUUUACUGAGCACUUCUUGUGUGUUAAAAGUUAGUGCUGGGCUAAGUGGUCUUACAUAUAUAUUCUCUUACUUACUUAAUCCUUUCACACUCUUAGGAGGUAGUGAAUCAGUUAGGAUUCAGUUCAACUACGAAUAACGGAUCCAAAAGAGCAGGAUCUUAACCAAGAUGUAAGUGUAUUUCUCACGAUAACAUGCGCAGGUGGGCUGGAGGUAGGCAGCCUACGUCAGGACAAGUGUGGCGGCCCUAGCCUGCAGAGCCAGCACGGACCCAGGCCCUCAUCUCACCAUCCCAAAACAAGGAGUCUCAUCUCGCCGCCAGUAAAGUCUCCUCUCACCAUCCCAAAACAAGGAGUAGCAUUGAACCAUACAUGCUCAUGUUUAAAUGUUUUUAUGUAUGUUUUUGAAAGACAGCAGGCAAGUGGGGGUGGGGCAGAGAGGGAGGGAGACAGGAUCCGAAGUGGGUUGUGCACCGAUAGCAGAGAACCUGAUGCCAGGCUCGAAACCACCAGCCGUGAGAUCGUGACCUGAACUGGAGGCAGACACUUAACUGUCUGAGGCACCCAGGUGCCCCAAUACAUGCUAAUUUAAACAUUUUUUAUCAAAUGGGAAUACCAUGUACAAAUUGCAGAUGAAAGGAAUGAUUUCCUAGAGAAACUUUAAAAACUGUCAAAAUUGAGGCAGGAAGACAUGGAAAUUCUGAAUAGCCAGUAUCCUAUAGGGGAAAUAAUAAAAAUAAAUAUUUUUAUUUGUAUCUCUUUAA